AUGUCGCCGACCGCGAAGCACACAGGGUCAUCGUCGUCAACAUCUUCGCCGUCUUCGCCGUCGGGCACUCGGGCCGGGGGGACACUGCCGAACAAAACUCUUUUAUGUACUUUUGGGACUCACUUAAACACGUCUACAGCGCCGCCCAAGGAAGGCCUCUGUGACAUCAUUUUCUGGGACUACUUCUACGACUCUGGGAGGGGCACCUUUCACGACACCAGCUCGGUCGGGUUGCAGUGGUUUCUGGAAUUCGUCCGGAACGACAGUGGAACCACCCAAUUCGGAAUAGGAAUUGACCACGGCAAUGCCCUUGGAGCAUACGACGACCUCAACAAAGCCGAUGGUAUGAGAACAUUUACAGAAUUCUGGAAAAUGAACAUCCGGCAUUACGGACUGCUCAAGUUUCAAGUGCACGCCAAUCUAACCAAUAGCAGUACCGUCCAGGACUACGAUAAUCUUUUGAAGAGAUUGAGAGGCCUCCAGGAAGUCAAUAGAGCCGGGGACGUCAAGAAAUUUGGAUACAUCAUUCUUGGUGUUGGCCUCUUUCGCCCCUGGGAAGACGAAGCCUACGAAUACCUGGAAGAACUUCUUCGACCACAGAACAUGUCGCCCUAG